UCGUGACUGUUCACCGUCUACCCAGACCGUACGACUCCACAUUCCCUAUGUAUGUAAAAACAGAGAGUUUAUGUAUGCAUUUCGACCAGACUGUCACAACUUUCCAAGUUUCAAGGAAUUUGGUUUAAUGGUAGGAUGCGCGCUCCCGCCAAAGCGCAGCAUCAGCACCACUAUCUCGCGCGCGCCUGCCUCUAGCGAGCGAGUCUAUCGCCAUCCCGGCCGAGAGAGUUAAAGUUGGCCGAAAGGACGGAUAAACGAUGCUGUACUGUCGGGUGAUGAGAAGAGGAUAACAUUUGAUUUACUCAUCUGAUACAGACUCCAUCUCCCGGAGAGGAUGGAUAUCAAAAUUCUUGCCCCAAGCCUUUUACUCUUUCUCGCCUUUCAGCAUUGCUCGUCACGGCCAUGCUUAGAUCCGCUGAUCUCUCCUCUCUAUGCGUCUUCUUUCCAUGCUUCCUCCAGAUAUAACUUUUAUUCUGCACACUUUGCCAAACUGUACGGGAGCAGCGGCUGGUCUCCAUCCCCUCGGGACAGGCAGCCAUGGAUGCAGAUUGACUUGGGGAGGAAGUAUCGUAUCAUGGCCAUUGCUACUCAGGGUACCUUCAACUCUUAUGAUUGGGUCACCAAAUACAUGCUGCUGUAUGGGGACCGAUUUGACGCAUGGACUCCAUAUGUCAUGAAAGGAGGCAACAUGACGUUGCCUGGCAACUGGAAUUACUACCAGGUGAAGAGGAACGUCUUUCAUUAUGCGUUCACUGCCAAACAUCUGCGCAUCUAUCCCAUGGGCUGGAAUACUGAGAACGGAGGAAAGAUCGGCCUUCGUGUGGAGUUCUACGGCUGUCCUUACGACUCAUAUGUGAUGCAGUUUGAGGGGGAUGACAUGGUGGCGUAUUCAUUCCCACGGGGAAGAAUGAGGACACUUCAGGACCACUAUGCUUUAAACUUUAAGACCUUGGAGAAGGAUGGUACUCUUCUGCACAGUGAAGGUCUUCAGGGAGACUCCAUCACUCUGGAGCUGAAAACUGGACGCCUCUACUUGCAUAUCAGCCUAGGGAGUAGCACUGUCCAUAACACUAAUGGGAUGACCACAAUGAUGCUGGGAAACCUGCUGGACACUCAGCACUGGCACUAUGUCACCAUCAAGCGAUACGGGCGAGAGGUUAACUUCACCUUGGACAGCCAGACUGAGACUGCUGUCCUUAACGGAGAGUUCCAGUAUCUUGAUCUGGACAAACAGAUUUAUGUUGGCGGUGUGAUUGAGAAAGAUGUGCCCCAUCUGCCCGGUAAGGUUAACUUCCGAGGCUGCCUGGAAAACGUCUUCAUCAAUGGAGUCAAUAUCAUCUACAAGACACAGUACCAGGAGCCUGAAAUCCGACUCGCUCCUAAAAAGAAAAAGAUGCAUUAUACUUGCCGUGAUCUCCUCUGGAAGCCCAUGACCUUUGCAGGACCCAACAACUACCUUCAGCUGCCUGGCUUCUUCCGGAAGAACCGCCUGGCAGUGAAGUUUAAGUUUCGCUCAUGGGAUUACACAGGGUUACUGAUGUUCACCAGGUUUGCAGAUGAGUUGGGCUCUCUGGAGCUGGGCCUCAGCGAAGGACAAGUCAACGUGACUCUAAUGCAGCCUGGAAACAAGAGAUUACGCUUCGCUGCAGGGUACCGUCUCAAUGAUGGCUUCUGGCACACAGUAGAUCUGACUGCCAAAGACAACUUAUUAACUAUUACUAUAGAUGAAGAUGAAAGCUCACCACUGAAGAUCACCAACCCUUUCAUGGUUCGUACAGGAGACCGCUACUUCUUCGGGGGUUGUCCUAAGACCAAUAACACGGCUCGCUGUGUGACCAAGCUGUCUCGCUUCCAUGGCUGCAUGCAGCAGAUCUUUAUAGACGAUGAGCCAGUGGAUAUAGAUGUCAUGCUGCAGAGGAAAUGGGGCAGAUAUGCCGAAAUCCUGCUGGGCACCUGCGGAAUCACUGAUAGGUGCAGUCCAAACCCUUGUGAACAUGAAGGCAGGUGUAUUCAGUCCUGGAAUGACUUCCUGUGUGUGUGUAACAACACGGGCUACAAGGGAGAAGUGUGUCAUAACUCGGUGUACAGGGAGUCGUGCGAGGCCUACAGACUGAAUGGAAAGUACUGGUCAGGCAACUACACCAUAGAUCCAGAUCUGAGCGGACCACUGAAGCCUUUUACCGUCUACUGCAAUAUGUUGCAAAAAUCAUGGACCGUUAUUGAGCACAACCGCAUGAAAAGCACCAAAGUGAGCGGCUCCACCGUUGAUCGACCGUACAUUGGGGACCUCCAGUAUGUAAAUGCAUCAUGGGAUGAAGUCACUGCCCUAGCAAACACCUCUUUAUACUGUGAACAGUGGAUUGAUUUUUCGUGUUACAAGUCACGCCUCCUCAAUACUCCACAAGGACGACCAUAUACUUACUGGAUUGGUCGGCAUAAUGAGAGCCAUGAAUACUGGGGAGGAGCUUUCCCUGAAAGUGGGAAAUGUGGAUGUGCUGUCAAUCAAACUUGCACUGACUCCAAGUACUGGUGCAACUGUGACGCAGACUACCGCCAAUGGCACUCAGAUAAGGGCUACCUGUCGUUCCGAGACCACCUGCCUGUCAGAAGGAUUAUUAUAGGAGACACUAACCGCACCGGUUCAGAAGCGCACUACAGUGUUGGGGCACUGUACUGCCAUGGAGACAGGAGUAUCUGGAACACUAUAGCUUUCACAAAGCCCACCUACCUGGCGUUCCCCACCUUCAAGCCCGGCACCAGUGCUGAUAUCACAUUCCACUUCAGGACCUACCGAACUAACGGAGUAUUUGUGGAAACCUCAGAUGACCACCUGCGCAAUUUCUUACGAAUUGAACUCAAUUCUACAACUGAGGUGGUUUUCAUUUUCAUGGUGGGUGAUGGGAUUAGAAACGUGACCCUGCGCUCUCCUAAAGCUCUCAACGAUAACGAAUGGCACUAUGUAGAAGCUGAAAUCAAUGUGAAGUUGGCACGUCUCAAGGUUGAUUUUCUGCCUCCGGCCGUUCACAAGUUUCCAGGCCAAACCUACAUCACCAUGAAGUUCACUCAACCCCUGCUCGUAGGGGCGGCCAAUCACACCUUAAGGCCUUUUCUGGGUUGUCUGCGUGGUCUGAGGAUGAACGGAGUCCCAGUGGAUUUGGAGGGAAAGGUUGACGAGAGGGCUGGCAUACGCAGAAACUGCACCGGAGCGUGUCUGAAUGCCUCCAUACCGUGUCGAAAUGGAGGCCAGUGCAUUGAUGGCUACGCUUCAUACACCUGUGACUGUAAUAACACAGCCUUUGAUGGCUAUUACUGUCAUUUAGAUAUCGGGGCAUUCUUUGAUGUGGGAGCGUGGUUGCGGUAUGACAUCCGCAAAGAGCCAAUAUCCUUUGAUGCAUGGUGGGCAAACUUUUGGAUUGAGCCUCAUUGGCACAACUUCACCCUCGGCUACAACACCACAACUGAUGACAUAGAGUUCAGCUUCAGCACUCUACAGGCCCCGGCGGUGCUGCUUUAUAUCAGCUCCUUCAGCAACGAUUACAUUGCCGUCCUGCUCAAGAAAGACGGGACUCUUUCGCUGAGAUAUCGGCUUGGGAUAAUAAGCUACAAAUUUAAGUUGACUGACCGAAACAUGGCCGACGGCUUCCCUCAUUUCGUCAACAUCACCAGACACAACUACACCAUAUGGACACAGGUGGAUUACAUGGAUCCAUGGAUUGAGAAGUUAAUACCAGGAGAGAUUCCCAGAUUCGAUUCACCAAAGUCUAUAUUCCUGGGUAGAGUAAUGGAGGUGGGAGGUGUCGACUACGAAAUACAGAGACACAACAGUCCAGGUUUUAUGGGCUGUAUAUCAGGGGUCCGAUAUAACAUUUUUGCUCCUCUGAGGGCUUACUUCCGACCCAAUGUAACCAGUCCACCGGUGACGACUCAAGGCUAUGUGGUGGAGUCUAACUGUGGAGCAUUUCCCCCUGUUUUAGGAUAUGUCCCUUGGGAGGAUGACCCCUGGUUCACUGGCCUGUUCUUUUAUUACAUUCAUGAUGAUGUUACCCCACCUUGGAUGACACUAAUCGUGACAGUGUCUCUAAUGCUGCUCUUCCUCAUCCUGUACGGCCUCUACAUUUACCUGUACAGGUAUAAAGGCAGUUACCACACUAAUGAACCCAAGCAGCUGGAGUCCCCCAGCUCUGCUCGGCCCCUCACUGAUACUCUGCGCAAAGAUAGAAAGAACCUGCCGGAAAUACAGGAGGAAAGUCCCAAUGAAUAACACGGACUGAGGGCUGUCUGGAGGCAAAGAGAGUAGCGCUGGUGAUUUCGAGGGAGGUACAUGGUGAAGACUGAGGAAUGAGUUGCAAAUGUGAUUUUUUUUGUAUCUUUUUUGCCUUUAUGGUAAUGUAACUAUGUUUAUUUUUCUGUCCCGUUAUUUUUACAGCGUAAUCUGAUAUUUGGUGCUUUUGGCAGGGUUCAAAAUAAGCAGGCUAGAGACAAUUUACCAUCCGAUCAAUGAGCACUAGCAGUGCAGGCCGACUGAAGUGCCUCAGCAACAAGAAAAGAUCGAUCCAGGGUUCCCACGGUCAUAGAGAUAUCAGGAAAUAUCAGGGUAUUUAGUGAAAAUUAAUGAAAUCUUUGCUCACGUUCAUUUCUGUAGUCUGCAGUAUAAAUCAUUGUAGUUAUGCCCAUCUGAAAAAUAUUUUAUUGGUUACAAAUUCACUUUUUGUGAAAACAAUCUCAAUAAAAAAUCGUUUUCAGCAUCUCUUAUUUUUAAUCGCAAUUGGCUGGAAAACCGGAAACAUUACAAUUAAUAAAAGUUUUGAAAAUGAGAAAUACCUGUAGUCAGAAUAACUAUUUCUAGUUAUGCCCAUAAAUUAAAUAAUAUACUGUAAUAAAAAUCUGUAUAAAUUAUACAUAUAUUUUUUAAUUUAAUUAUAAAUUACUGGAAAAUGAAGAGGUGUAAGGGUGUGGGAACCCUGUAUAUACUGAAUGAGAGUUUUGGCUCAUUGUAUACUGGCAGAAGUAGUGUGUUUAAUGGCCAUGUUGUUGUGUUCAUGAGAGAAUCUGCACAAAAUGCACGACAACCUUCAGAGUACAGUGUUUUGAAAGUGUAGAUCUGUUUUAACAUCACUGAAACUUCAUUCAUAUAUGGAGGGAUUUGCUCAGUAUAUAAGUACUUAUGUGUUUUAACUAAUGUCUAAACUAGGUCCAAGCACUUAUAAGAGAUGAAAGGUCAAUGGCAAUGAAUGGCUUCAGCUUCUUUAGAGCACAAUGACUUUAAUAAUGUCUGGGAUCAUAUUAUUUCUGUGGCAUAUCAUGAACUGCUGAAAGGUGUUUUUGUGAUAGCAGCCAUAUUACAUCUUGCUUGUGAACAGCAUUAUGUGGUGAUUGAUAAAGAUUUUUGUAAAAGAGACACAGUAGGCCUCAUGAGAAAAAAAAAAAAAAAAAAAAAGCAGAAGGAAUUUUAGCUCCAUGAAUGAUUUCCAUAGAAAUCUGCGUUUUAGUGCAGUGAGUGGUGUAAUGAACAUGUUGUGUUGUGCUGUGUGUCUCAGGGUUGGUAACAGCGGUCAUGAUGGUCACGUUCUUCUCACUGCUGCUACAACAACAACACACCAGCCUUUUUAAGCCGUCCUCUUGACAUUUUGACUCUGAAAUAAAGUUUCAGAUUAUAUUUUACAAACCUAGCAGUACAUGAACAAGGGCAGGUAAGAACUGUAUUGUGUUUGAGAGCGUGUCUGAUUAUAAUGAUGCCACAGAUCAGUGACUGGAGUCGAAGCUGUCUUUUCAAGAGAGUUCUUCCUGUGGGCCAAAGUAAAAUGAUAUAGUUUUUUAUAAUAGAGUAUAAUGAUAUCAUACUUCACAGUCCACGCCAUAUAUUUAUUUCACACGAUUGACGAUGAUUCCCAACAAGGAUGUCAAAUAUGUAUUAAAAAAAAGAAUUAACUUAAUUGAUAUCUCUUUUUUUCCAGUUAAUUUUGUAAGGGAAAAAAUAUUUUUUUUAAUGUGUGCAAGUUUUAUAUUUUUGUGGUGUUUUUCGUCCAUAUUUCAGGUUUUUCUUUAAAAAAAGACAUCAUGAAUUAGUGAUGAUGGGGUAAUUCUGCCUUAUUGAUUGGCUACAUAAGGAAAAAACUGUUUGGGAAACACUGUUUUAGGCAGCCUGCACUUUUCAUAGUGAGGAGCUUCUGUGGGCUGAAUGUGUUCACUCAUAGUCGUUGAAGCCUAUAAUGUACAUACUGAUCAGAAAAAGGUGAACAAACCGUGUUAACGGUGACAGAAGAUACUAAGAUCUCAUCUUUAGAAUAUCAGAGGAACAGCAAACUCAAUGUGUUGUGGUGGUUUGUUACAGAUCUAAGAUAAUCAGUUACAAUCAGUUUAUCAGUGGUAGAUUUUGGACGGAAGUAAUCAUUAAAGCAGCUGAUAUUUUUAACAUGAGGUCACAUAUGAAAGCUUUCUUAGCGUGAAACACUGAGCUGUUCAGCACAAGUCUAUCGAUGUGUGUCAAGAGGCUUUCACACAUCACAGACGGUCUGUGGAUGAAAGACUCGUGUAUAAACUCAUGGUUUUUAUAAAUUCAUUCAUGCGUUUGCUGUGUAGGACACCAUUAUUGCUGCUGCUGCUGCUGCUUCUUAGCUGUUUUGAUGGCGGUCUUACCAAGAGCUUAGAGCACUUCCAUCGUCGUUCCAGAUGUAAAAUGAGCUAUUAAAACAAAAGAGCAAAUACGGUAGAACACAUGUAUUAACUUUAGGAGCUAUGCAUUUUGCAUGACUACUGCACUUUUCAUCGAAAUGCAAUAAGAAAAAGAAGAAUCCGCUGCUUCCAGUGCCAGGCACAUGUUCUUUAGUCUGUUUCUUUAACAGAGCCAUAAGAGCUUUUAUCAAAGAGAUCACAUAAUAUUCACCCACAGAUUAUGCUGUUUAUGUAUAUGUAUAAAUAAAGUGUACUUCUCUUUUUAUCAUUCUAAUUUGUAUAAAAAAGGCAGGCACGUGAAAGUAUUUUGAAUAGUUGAGUACUGAAUGAAUAAGUCCAGCUUUUUGUCUUGUUUUUAUUCUUUUUUUAUGUAUCCCUCAUUCCUUUCCUCUAAACCAGUGGAAUAUGGACUUUCAAUUUAUUUUUACUUUGAAGAGUGUCUUGAAUGAAGAAUGAAAUGCUACUGUAAAGAAUUAUUAAUAUUAAAUUUAGCAGGGACAAACGCCUCUCAGAGUCUCUUCCUACUUGAUUUUUUCUGUAAAAACGAUAUAGUUAGUAUAAAUGAUUGAACACCAACACCGAAGGUUGGUGAUGCUCAGACAAAAGUAAAUGUUCCAGACGAAUGUUAAUGUGAAACGAGAAGCGAGCAGUAUUUAGCACUAGCUUGUGUGAUGUAUGUUUGUAUUAAUGAGGUUUUGCGUGUCGUCUGUGUCGAUGCUGCAGCUAAUAGGAGAGUUACCUCAUUGACAUACAUUUGACUGAAUGUUUGAAGAAAACAACGUCACUUAUGGGCACACGGAGGUCCAUUUGUUUCAUUUGAGGAAAUGUAUUACUUAAUACAUGACAUUCACCUAUGUUUUGUAGGGAUUUUUUGUCCAUUUGGCAUUUUUCAUGUACAUACUGUAUAAACACACUGAUUCACUGUGAAGUAUUUUCUUCAUCUUUUCCAAAUGCACUACAUAUCCUGUUUGAACAAAACUGAAAUCUUGUAGGCCAUUUUUCUUGUGGACAAACUUUAAGAAUUCCACUCUGACUGUCAUGUUGGUGACAACAGUAGCUGUAUGUAUCUUUUGUGCAAAUAGCCAACUUUGUUAACAGUGGCUAUUUCACCAAUUUAACCCACUUUUUCUCAGGCAGUUUAUACAUAGUGCAAAUAACAUUUUUAUUUCUUUUAUUUUUACACUUUUUUGAAUGGCAUCUAUCACUAUUUGCACUGCAAACAAGUUGCUAUAGCUUGUAACUUGGUGCAAAGUUAUAGCAUUUAAUGUUAUACUCAUUAAGUCAUUUAGUUUAUCAAAGUGACAUAUACAUAUAUAUAUAUAUAUAUAUAUAUAUAUAUAUAUAUAUAUAUAUAUAUAUAUAUAUAUAUAUAUAUAUAUUAAUUACACGGUGGGUAAUAACAUCAAGUGCUAGUAUGUUUCUGUAGGGUACUAAUAUAUGUUAUUUUGAGGUAAAUAAGGUACAAAGUUGUACCUUUCAGCUUUUGCCACAAUGACCGCUUUGUACUUUUUUUUCCUAAGAGUAUAAUAUUUCACUAUUUACGGACAUUUUGGUCAAAUAAAUGAAGCCUUGGUGAACAUCAGAACUAAUUCCAAAACUUAAAAAAAUGUGUACACCCCAAACCUUUGAAUGGUAAACUGUAUCUGCUGAGGUUAAAUGAACAUUGGGUACAUUAUUUGUUCUAUUAUUUGUUAUUAUUGUGAUCACAAUGAUCUUUUAUUACCACUGUGCUCUUGAGGUUGUUUCAGGGGAACUGUAGGUCCUGUGAAUGCAAAGCAUUUGCCAAAAUAAUUCCCAUGAAAAUCUCCAAGUUAAAGUCGACUAGUUUCAUGGAAUCGGACAAAACCUUAUAAUUGUAUUGUCUUACAAGCAGGUAAUUUCAGGUUUUUGGUCAGGUGUGACAUGGUGUUCAUUUUCAGUUUUCCUAAUUCUUUAGUUCUGGUUUCGUUUGUGUCAUCCUCAUUGUAAAUGACCAUGACUGUGUAGAAUCAACACAAAUCCCUAAUGACACUUUAAUAAAAGAAGCCUGAAGGAAA